AUGACCCUGUUUGACUGGUCAGGCCUGUUGCUUAUCCUGUGUAUAAUACCCUUACGGUACACGCAAAUUAAAGCCCAGUGGCCUGUGGCAUCUUUAGCUUUCUUGUUCAACUUCCUGAGGAUCUUUAAGUUUUCUUGCGUGACAAGGUAAACUGCAUCAUAAGCUACAUUUGAUAGGUUUGAGAGAAUGUCAGCAAAUUAGAACAAGAAAAUAAUAUCUGUGAAACUUACUCGCACAGUUGGAUUAGGUUUGGAUUUUGGUUAACAAGCCUAAUUUAUAAUUAGUGCAACCCCACCAUCUUGGCACCUUCAUGAUGGAAAUUUGGAAAUUUUUAAAACGUCUGAACGAAAAAAAGGUACAGAAUAGAAAGAUUAAUAAAAAGCGUCCUAGGAGAGGAGACAGACGGGAGAAAUGGAAUUAAAAGAAUAAAGAAGAUGGGCAAUUUGUUUAAAACAGCCAAAUGCUUUCCAUGGAGACGACGCAUGGCAACGUAUCCACCUCACCUGAAAUUUUAUUAGAAGACUGUUGAAAACUGUUAUAUUCUUAUUUAGUAUAAUUCGAACAUCAUUAUGUAUCACAUAACUUGUGUCCUUAAUGUAAUAGAACCGUGGAUAUUUUUUUUCAGGACAACCGGAUUAUACACAAAAACCUUGGCUAAGAUCAUUUUGCACGAUGUGACAAGAUCCAUGGCGGUUUUUAUUGUUAUCUUUUUCUCCUUCUGUGGUGCUUUGUCUUUAUCGCUCUGUUACUCCGAUGAAAACCAACAGUUUAGGUAUGUCUUAAUCUUGCUUGCUUAAAUGCUACUGAAUAAAUGUGUUGAAUUAUUUGGUUGGCUGAUGUUUACUCUGCACUAUCUGCGAAUUUUAGUUGGAUGAAAUGUAUAUGAUAACACCUGAAGUGAUAUGAAAUUUCUGUUAAUGUGUUGCAGAUCAGUCUAUGUGUUACAGUCCAUGCUAAAUCCUUUUUUUUUUUACAUUAGUGACUUCGGAGAUGUGUUAUUGAGUGGCUUUCGCGCGCUCUCUGAACAAAGACCAAUUGCUUACGAUUAUUCAAAUUUCAAGUGAGUUGAUUUUUCUCUAAAAGUAGGAAUAUGUUUUUACUCCGUUUACUUGUUCAGAUCUCUUUACCUUAAGAUGAGUUUAUUACCACUAAGAUAAUAGGUGAAACUAACCACGUAAGAGCAUUUGAUUUAUUCCUUGCAGCUGGCUCUCCAUUCUGUUAAUGAUGGCCUACAUGGGGAUCGUGAUAGUGAUUCUACUCAACAUUCUCAUUGCACAAAUGAGUACGACCUACACACAGGCCAAGAAAGUCGCCCGUCUGGAAUAUGAUGUGGAUCGUAUUCUACAACUCACACGCAUGGAGAGAUUUCCUUUUCUGGUAAAUGAACAUUCUUCGCUAAUGGAAUUGUAGCAUUUUAUCAUUAAGCGUGCACCGGUGUUCGUGAUUGACGCUAAGUGGCAGCGUGCAUUAGCGCCAUACGUGACUGUGAGCGUGAGGAGAAGAACGUACCGUUAGGGUAGGAGGGGGCUUAGGUAUAGUUGUAUUCUUCUGCAAUUGAGGGGUAGCCUCAUAGACUUAAUUACUUUUACAUCUUUUCUUUAUGCAGAAUCUGCGCGUGAAGUAUUACAAAGAGGGAGACUGGAUCAGUGAAAUGAAACUCGCCCAAGGUCGGCGUGAAGUAUUCAACCAGGACUACUUUCACGAUAAUUUUUAUGCGUAGCAAUCGGGAAAAACAGUUUUUUUUAGUCUUGUAUCCUAUUUGUACUUCUCUGAACGAAGGGAGAUGAAGAAGACCUUCGGCUCAGUUGAUACUCAGUUAUAAUAAAAAAGGAGUAAUCUUUCUCAUGCCUUAACAGCUGUAAGGUUCUUUAUCAGUUCCUAAAUGUGAUCUUGGUUUGUUUGUAGAUCUUCUUGAAUUCAGUGAAGAUCGCAGCCCUUGGGAGUCGGUGGAAGAGAAACUUAAUGCGAUUCGGUAACAAUUAAUUACUUUAUCUUAUUUCCUUUCUUUCCUGCUAUCAGCCUUAUUUUUGAACUCGUUCUCUCAUUACUGGACUUUCGAAAAGAUCGAUUUCCUUGUACUCAUCCUUCUUUGUUUCAGCAGUCAUGUUUCACACCUUCUGUUUUAUUUUCUUGUACAGGGAUAUGAUGAGGAAGAUGGUGAAACAGAUGAGGCCUGGAAUCAGAUGA